GGGCGCGGCGGCCAGACCCGUAGCGGUAGCGUAACAAAGAGAAAAGUCUUGCUUUUCCAGGUUCGCUCUCGUGUACUUGAGUAAUUUCUAAAAGGGGUCUUGAACUUCUAUUCUGAACGCCCUGGCCGAUUGUUGCGGGUUAAUUCUGGAUCAGGGUUUUAAAUGUGUUAGGCAUAUUUGUGCCUCUCAGAAUAUGUAAACGUGAAAUUCGCCAGAUAACUUUGGCGAGAAGGGGCGCAGGGAAGGGCUGUUUGGUAACGCCUGGGUUUGUUUUUGGAGUAGAAUGUUUACUCUGGAAAAAAGAAUUAUUGGAUCUGCAAAUUCCGACUUGUGAUUUCUGCAAAUCCUGAUUAGAUUGGCCGCUCUUGGCAUGCUCGUCCUGUUUUUUGCUGAGAAAGCCUUAUAAUAAUAGCGUAUGCUCACAACACAUUCAAAACAUUCGUGUGCUCCAAGUGACAACUGCUGUAUGCCUAAUAGUUGCUGACAGUUUAUUUAUUUUUUUAAGUUUGGGAUACGACAGUAAUUUUACUCUCAGUAUAGUCCGUUUUGUUUCUAGGGCAUUUUAUUCUGGAGCAUCUACGCGCAGAUGUUUUCUCCGUGAGAAACAUGGGUUUAAUGCUAAAGCUAUAGAUACUACUCUAAAAAUGUCACAUACUUUCUCCUUUUAGUGCUUAUUUUAUUUUAAAGCAACGCUGGCAAAAUUACACGUGGUGAGGACCUUAAUAGGAAGUGGAAUCGCUAUAAGAUCGAGAAGUAAAGUGUAUUUGAGAAACUUUUGGAAAGGGAUGUAGAGAGGGAAAAUUAAAAUGAAUUCACAAAUAGUUCAGACUGCCUUUUGUAAACUUGUACUGAAGCAGAAUCUAGUAUGUAUUCGUUUACUUACCACAAAACGGAAAGAUUUUGUAGAGAAACAAAAUCAUCGUUUUCCUUUAAUAGCUAUUUAUAAAUUAUAUUUACUUUAGUAAAUUAUAAUUCCAGACCCAAUCACUUUCAUAUUAUUGCAUAUUAUUUUAUACCUGAAACAGCCCUCCCCAAAGAACUCUUAAAUUUGUACUCAUCUUGGUUUUAUUAUCUUCAGACAUUGAUAAUUGUAUUACAUCAUUUGGCAACAAAUACUGCAUAUUACUGAAAAUUAAGAUGUGUAAAUCAUUGAUAAAUUUGUAAAUUAUUAAGCAAAAUCAUUAUUUUAACAUAGUGGGUUUUAUAUAAAUAAGCAAAAAGCAAGCCAUUCUUAUGGAUAGAUCUUGGGGGGAUGCACCAUAUACACACAGACUGCAACUUUUUCAAUUUCAUCUACUAAAAAUAAUUUGACUUUUCCUUUAUCCCUGAUGCAGUAAUACAUUUCAAGUCUCAGGGACUAUUGAACGUUUUACUGAGUUUGCUUAAUCAGAGCUUAAGUUAAUAAUUAAGUUAUACAGUGUAGUAUCUAUUGCUUUCAAGGCGUAGUUCUACGUAGUGAAAAGACUACCAUAUUUUAAUGGCACCUAAUACAAAUAUUUAUCUUUCCUCUACACAUAUGCAAUAUCUUGUCUGUUCGUCUACACUACUUAAUCCGCCCGGUUUCCAGUUACCAUAAUUUUUAUAUAAAAUUGAAACCCACCAUCUGAUCUCAUGAAAGGGUGUUUAGUAUGCAUAUUUAUAAUCCUUAAAUAUUUACACUCUUGGUUUAUCAAUUUUCUGGUUAAAAGCUUAUUAUUUAAAGUUGUCAUUUGCUAAUUUUUUUCCAUCUUGCUUUACUUAUUUAUUUAGUUUAUACCCCGAAACAUCAAAGGGCAUUGAAAACUACUGGAAGUGGAAACCGUAUCUUUUUAAUAUUUAUUUUCUGUUUCCCUCCAUAGUAUGGUGCUUUUACCUACAGAAGGCACGCAGCAAAUGCUGUUAAUUAACACAGUGCUUUAGGUAGUUCCAGCUUUGUUUUUUUCUUCUGGCCUGCCCCAACCCUUGUUUUUAAUAUUUUGAUUUUCCUGGCUAUGGGGAAUAACCAGAGCUCAAAACAAACAAAAAACUAGCCAGAUAAAACCGUGGUUGGGUCCUUAUUAGAGAUACAGCUCUGUAUGUAAUUAUAGCAUGGUUGUAAUCUCCUUAAAGACAGCGACGGCUUAGGGAUUCGUCUUAGAUUUCUCACGAUGCUCAUUACGCUGUCUUGUACCCAGAGAUGCAACACAAAUUUGUGGAAUGGAAUUUCAAAAUGUUAAGUUUGGCAAAGCCGAGGGUAGUAGCCGAACCCUUUUCUCCAGCUCUGCCAUUCCCUAACGCUGUGUGCCCCAUCACCUCUGGGCCUGAGACGCAGUCAGGAGAGCAGGACCCAGCAAAGGACUGGGAGUGUGGAAUUUGGGAUCGAUUCCCAGCUUAGCCCGUCCUAGCGUGCACCUGCGAAAGCCGCUUCUCUUCCUGAAGCCUUGGUUCUGCCUGCUAGAUGAGAGGGUCGGGAGCAGAUCCUGCCUCUCCGCGCGGUCCGGGGCCGGAGCUCAUAGUAGCCAGCUAUAGCCGGGUCUCGCUAAGCGAUUCAUCCCCAACAGGCAACCUCUGCGCAGAAGAAGGUGGGGAACCGUCUCAGGACCCUGGAAAUAUCCGGGAUUUUGUAGACUCGUCUAGGGGGAAAAAACUAAUCCAGCUGAUACAAAAAUUCCCAGCUGGUGCUCGCUCCCAUUUGCCUCAGCCCAGAAGUUACCAUCAACAGGUCUGGUUAAAAACUCGGUUAGAGUCCGGCGUGGUGGCGCGCACCUGUGGUCCCAGCUACCCGGGAGGCUGAGGCGGGAGGAUCGCUUGAGCCCAGGUGUUCGAGGCUGCGGUGAGCUACGAUUGCGCCACUGCAGUCCAGCCUGGGUGGCAUAGCAAGACUUCGCUCUAUAAAACACGUUGUAAGGAGCGUAUUUCGAGGUCCUGUGGCUCCAAAGCGGGUAUGACAACCUCUCCACCGCCAGUAGGGCUCGCGCUGGUCCCUUUAAAUGUUUCCUUCGGGAGCAGAGGGACCGGUCCGUUUAGAGCGCGUCCGUCCAGAAACGCGGCUGCAGAAAGAGGGUUCCGGAGCCUCCUAGUCUACUGGUUGUCCUGGCAACGCCGCUUGCUCUUCCCAAGGGGAGGACGCGGAAGAAGCCUGGGCCUCAGUGCUCCAAGGCCCCGUGGGCUUCUUGCGUUUGUUGCCCCCCAAGCCGCUCAUUAACUCAGGAUGGCGUGGAAGGCCUCGCCCGCCUCCCCUUCUGGGCCGCGGCUCCGCUUAGGUGAAGGCCUGUUUGGGCGUCCCCACCCUGGAGAGGGGCCGGGGUCUGGAUUUUCAGAACUGCCGCUCUUCCAGUGCGCUGGCGUCGAUGCUCACUUCCUCGGGCCAUUGGAGACUCCGUUGCUUUUUAAUGGCGGCAGCGGCUGCUGGGUGAGCAGCUGGAGGCCGGACAGUGUUCGUCCCAUUCGGAGAGGAUUGAUUUCUCCUGGCGUCACCACCGCUGGGUUGGUGGGGGUAGCUUUUCCCUCUUUGCUCCUCCACUCUUGAAGAAAGAAGAAGAUGCCACUGCCAUUUGGGUUGAAACUGAAACGCACUCGGCGCUACACGGUGUCUAGCAAGAGCUGCCUGGUUGCCCGGAUCCAGCUGCUUAAUAACGAGUUUGUGGAGUUCACCCUGUCCGUGGAGAGCACUGGCCAGGAAAGCCUCGAGGCCGUGGCCCAGAGGCUGGAGCUGCGGGAGGUCACUUACUUCAGCCUUUGGUACUACAACAAGCAAAAUCAGCGCCGGUGGGUAGAUUUGGAAAAACCUUUGAAGAAGCAGCUGGAUAAAUAUGCAUUGGAACCAACCGUCUAUUUUGGAGUGGUGUUUUAUGUGCCUUCAGUUUCUCAGCUGCAGCAGGAGAUUACCAGGUAUCAGUAUUAUCUGCAACUGAAGAAAGAUAUCUUGGAAGGAAGUAUUCCUUGUACCUUAGAACAAGCAAUUCAGCUAGCAGGCUUAGCUGUUCAAGCUGAUUUUGGUGACUUUGAUCAGUAUGAAUCCCAGGACUUUCUUCAGAAAUUUGCCUUGUUUCCUGUGGGAUGGUUACAAGAUGAAAAAGUAUUGGAAGAAGCAACCCAAAAAGUGGCCUUACUACAUCAGAAAUACAGAGGGCUCGCAGCUCCUGAUGCUGAAAUGCUGUACAUGCAGGAGGUAGAGAGAAUGGAUGGCUAUGGAGAAGAGAGCUACCCUGCUAAGGAUAGCCAAGGAAGUGACAUAUCCAUUGGAGCGUGUCUUGAAGGUAUCUUUGUGAAACACAAGAAUGGAAGGCAUCCUGUGGUAUUUAGGUGGCAUGACAUUGCCAACAUGUCCCACAACAAGUCCUUUUUUGCAUUAGAACUGGCAAAUAAAGAGGAGACCAUCCAAUUUCAAACUGAAGACAUGGAAACUGCAAAAUACAUUUGGAGACUCUGUGUUGCGCGACACAAGUUUUACAGACUAAACCAGUGUAACCUGCAAACUCAGACUGUCACAGUGAACCCAAUCAGGAGGAGGUCUUCUUCAAGGAUGUCUCUGCCUAAACCCCAGCCCUACGUGAUGCCUCCCCCACCACAGCUGCACUAUAAUGGACAUUAUACAGAACCAUAUGCUUCUUCCCAAGAUAACCUCUUUGUGCCCAACCAGAACGGAUACUACUGUCACUCUCAGACAAGCUUGGAUAGAGCCCAGAUUGACCUCAAUGGUCGGAUUCGUAAUGGCAGUGUCUACAGCGCACACAGCACCAACUCCUUAAAUAAUCCUCAGCCCUACUUGCAGCCCUCGCCGAUGUCGUCCAACCCAAGCAUCACCGGGAGUGACGUCAUGAGGCCUGACUACGUCCCAUCCCAUCGGCACAGCGCCCUGAUACCCCCGUCCUACCGCCCCACCCCAGACUAUGAGACUGUGAUGAAGCAGCUCAACAGGGGCCUGGUGCAUGCGGAACGGCAGAGCCACUCGCUGCGAAACCUCAACAUCGGCAGCUCGUACGCCUACAGCAGGCCUGCGGCGCUGGUCUACAGCCAGCCCGAGAUCCGCGAGCACGCGCAGCUCCCCUCGCCGCCGACCGCGCACUGCCCGUUCAGCCUGAGCUACAGCUUCCACAGCCCGUCUUCCUACCCCUACCCCGCCGAGCGGCGACCCGUGGUGGGCGCGGUCAGCGUGCCCGAGCUGACGAACGUGCAGCUGCAGGCGCAGGACUACCCGGCCCCCAACAUCAUGCGGACGCAGGUGUACCGGCCACCCCCACCCUACCCGCCCCCCAGGCCAGCCAACAGCACCCCCGACCUGUCCCGCCACUUGUACAUCAGCAGCAGCAACCCCGACCUCAUCACAAGGCGCGUGCACCACUCGGUGCAGACGUUCCAGGAGGACAGCUUGCCCGUGGCGCACUCGCUGCAGGAAGUCAGCGAGCCCCUCACCGCCGCGCGCCACGCGCAGCUGCACAAGCGGAACAGCAUCGAGGUGGCCGGGCUCAGCCACUGCCUGGAGGGCCUGCGGCUCAAGGAGCGGACGCUGUCCGCGUCGGCGGCGGAGGUGGUGCCGCGAGCCCUCUCGGCGGGCUCCCAGCCCAGCGUUUUCACAGAGAGAACGAAGCGGGAAGGGCAGGAGGAGGCGGAGGGUUUGAGAUACGGCCAUGAGAAGUCCCUGUCAGACGCCACCAUGCUGAUCCACAGCAGCGAGGAGGAAGAGGACGAGGACUUCGAGGAGGAGAGCGGGGCCCGGGCGCCCCCUGGACGUGCGCGCGAGCCCCGGCCUGGCCUGACCCAGGACCCACCUGGCUGCCCUCGCGCCCUGCUCGCCGGGCCCCUGCACAUCCUCGAGCCCAAGGCCCACGUCCCGGACUCGGAGAAGAGGAUGAUGGACAGCAGUCCCGUCCGCACGACCGCAGAGGCCCAGCGGCCCUGGAGAGACGGGCUGCUGACGCCCUCCAUGUCGGAGUCUGACCUCACCACGUCUGGCCGCUACCGAGCCCGGAGGGACUCCCUGAAGAAGAGGCCGGUGUCGGACCUCCUCUCUGGGAAGAAGAACAUCGUGGAAGGGCUCCCGCCCCUGGGGGGAAUGAAAAAGACUCGAGUAGAUGCAAAAAAAAUUGGUCCUCUUAAACUGGCUGCCCUAAACGGACUCUCCCUAUCUCGAGUGCCUCUGCCUGAUGAAGGAAAGGAAGUGGCUACCAGAGCAACAAAUGAUGAAAGGUGUAAAAUUCUGGAACAACGAUUAGAACAAGGAAUGGUAUUCACAGAAUAUGAAAGAAUUCUUAAGAAACGGCUAGUUGAUGGGGAGUGCUCAACAGCACGACUCCCUGAAAAUGCAGAAAGAAAUCGAUUCCAAGAUGUUCUUCCUUAUGACGAUGCGAGAGUGGAGUUGGUCCCAACUAAAGAAAACAACACUGGUUACAUCAAUGCAUCACAUAUUAAGGUCUCUGUCAGUGGAAUUGAAUGGGAUUAUAUUGCCACACAGGGACCAUUACAGAAUACCUGUCAAGAUUUUUGGCAGAUGGUAUGGGAACAGGGAAUUGCAAUUAUAGCAAUGGUGACAGCAGAAGAGGAGGGUGGAAGGGAGAAGAGCUUUAGGUAUUGGCCACGACUUGGUUCCAGGCACAACACUGUCACCUAUGGAAGGUUUAAGAUCACGACCCGCUUCCGCACAGACUCUGGCUGCUAUGCCACCACGGGCCUGAAGAUGAAGCACCUCCUUACCGGGCAAGAGAGGACCGUCUGGCACCUCCAAUACACAGACUGGCCUGAGCAUGGCUGUCCAGAAGACCUUAAGGGAUUUUUAUCGUAUCUUGAAGAGAUCCAGUCUGUUCGACGCCAUACAAAUAGCACAAGUGAUCCCCAAAGCCCAAACCCUCCGUUGUUGGUCCACUGCAGUGCUGGGGUAGGAAGGACUGGCGUGGUUAUUUUGUCAGAGAUCAUGAUCGCCUGCCUGGAACACAAUGAGGUACUGGACAUCCCGAGAGUACUGGACAUGCUGAGGCAACAGAGAAUGAUGCUGGUGCAGACUCUCUGCCAGUACACGUUUGUGUACAGAGUCCUCAUCCAGUUCCUGAAAAGCUCCAGGCUCAUCUAAGCUCCCAGAUUUCUUACCGGGCCAGUCAUGUGAAGCGUUUACAGCUUUAAAAAAAAAGCUCUUGCCUAACUCAUACUUUCCCCGCUUGACACUUGAUCCACGCAGCGUGGCACUGGGACGUAAAUGGUGCAGUCUGAAUGGCGGCGCACUGAAGGAAAUGUGCGAAGCACAGGCUGAAGACGGGUUUCUAACCUGGGAAAGGUGCUCAAGGAGGACUUGGUUUCAAGGGCCUUGCCCUGCCCUGGUCUGUCCGGUUUGCAGUACUUGCACACAUUUUGGAGAUUGUAUUUUCUAGACAAUGCUCUAUUUUACUGAAGCUAUGCUGGGCAAUUCUGGCAAUCAUUAAAGCGCAUAGAUUUCUAUCUUAAACUAAUUUUUGAUAAUGGAGUUUUAUUUUAUGACAAAUAUUUAGGGAUUUUCUAGUGAGAAACAACUUUGUGUAGGGAUGAUCCACAGAUAUGAGUGGCUCCUAUAUAACUUUGUAUUUAAAAAUCAUGUUAUUAUCUUUUGUAAUUUUUUGAAAACCUUGGUUACUUAAUGGUUUAGUUACCAAACUGAAAACUAUACUGAGAAUCUGUGUUAUUUUGAAACAUCAAAAGGAUUUUUCUAUCCAGAACAUUUUUUAUCCUAAAAAUUCUAUAUAGUUGUAUCUUCUCUAUUUUUCAAAUGAGAGCUCAUUUAGAUACUGAAAUGAGUCAGUUAAUGUAAAGUUGGGAUGAAGGCACAUUAUUUAAAAUGUAAGAGAAUAAACAUUAUUUUUUCAGUAUUACUCGUAAAUCUAAAUGAAUUUGAUUUUAUUGGUUGAAAAUGAAGUGAAAAACAAUUGCCUAGGGUGGUUUUAAGCACUUUUUUUGUUAAAAACAUAUCUGAGUUUUAACGUAUGUGUUGUUUUGUAGAUGGCACAGUAACAAUGGGCGCUGAGAAGGGUUUUGGGAGAGAUUAAGGACUAAGUAUGUAAGAUGACUAGGACAAGAGUAGGGGGAGUGUGAUGGUAAAUGCAGGAUGCCUUUGUCUUUACAAAAAUGCAGUAUUAUCUAUACUCAGACUGAGGUGCUGGGAUGGAGAGCAGGGGCUUGGAGUAUGGGGGCUGACCCCACAGCACUGUCCCCAGGGAAUUCAAGUCCUCUCAUAGCCAGUGACUUACUCUGUUUCCUUGGGGGUUUUCCCACCUAAACCUGUAUUGUUUCUUUUUCAUAAAUAAAUUCAGCAUUAUAGUAUCAUUAAAAGAAGCCUUGAAGAGGCGUAUUUUUCCUUUUGGUUGAAGGAAGGGAAUGGUUAAUAAUAGUUUUCACCUCUUCUCCCACAAAGUACAGUCCAAAUUUGUACACAGAGAUUGCUAUGGUAUUCAAGAGGUACUUGCAUUUUAGCUCCUUAAUUCCCUGGUCAGUGUUAGCUGUUUAGUGCCCCCUCACCCAUCACGUUUAGGCACAUCCCAAAAGACAGAACUAGGCUGAGUUACAGGGGGAAGAGUGUCUCACUGGCCCAGAUUAAGAUGGCCUCAUCAUAAUGACCGUUGAGUAGGUACGGAUGAAUGGAAUAUUUAGUGGAGGAACCCUUUACUUUUUCCUUCUUUUUGGGGUCUCUUCUUAAAAUGAAAAGCUUCCAAAAUAUGAAAUCUAGGGCUGUUUCCUAAAUUACACUAUUCUAGGCAUCAUUUUGAUUCCCAUGUCACUCCUUAACUCACUUCUUUGAGCACUACAAGUAUGUUGUCAGCCACGAGACAGGACUUCCUAAAUAGUGUGUGCACCAGCCUAACUCUGCCUUACUCAGAAACCAACCACCUGAGAGGAAACUCAGAAGGUAUUAAUGAAAACUAAUUGAAAGUAUGCACACUUCUCAUGUAGGAACAAAAUUAAAAUUUUACAUUUUUAUUUUACAACGUAAAUUACAUUUUGUAGCAACAAAAUGUAAAUUUUGUAAAUACAAAAUUCUUUUUAAAGUCCUGUUUAAAGAACAAUAGAACUAAGUGAAAAUAUUCAGAAUGAGCUCCUUAGAAGAAAGGAGUCAGAAUUUUUUACUGGGACUAUUUCCCAUCUCUAGAAAAAGUGCUUCUUCCCUUCCCCCUCCCUCUCCAUGGUACGUUUUUGUGAAAAUGCUUUUCUAUCAGGUUUAAACAGUUUGACGUAGCUCAUUGACAAGAACAUAUUGUAAAACAAAUCUAAUUAAAGAGUAAUAUAUGGUCUAUUUGUGUUCCUGUUGUAAUAAUUUGAUAAGUAAACUUCUGAGGGCAAAAUUACUGUUUAAAUCUAUCACUCUUAAAAUGUUGCAUGUUUGACAUCGUUCCUAAGAGCCAUGUAAUUUUAAAUGUUUAAUUGCAGUUAGUGAAUAUGAAAGGAUUUCUGAAUAAAAAUCUAUCCACAUUA